CCAUUCCUAUAAAAACGUCGUCCUCCUCGCGUUUUGAAUGUCCCAUCUUUAGAAGAACUCAACAGUCUAGUAACUCAGUGUCCGGCAUCAAAGAGACUUUCAGAAGGCAACUUGAUUAGCAUCGCAUCUCGCGAAGAAACGCAAACACAAAGCAAGCAAAACCAACGCUACUCACCGGUAACAAUGUUCAUCAAGACUUCAACUUUGCUCGCCGCGUGCAUGGUCUCUUGCACGCUGCUGGCCUCGACUACUGCAGCGGUGGCGGUCAACAGGAUCAGCCUCGAUGCUCGUACUGAUGCAUCCGCGUUCAAGACCACGGGACGUUCGGCUGACGCGGCCCUUGAGCGCCGCCAACUUGGCAGUACGCCAAUUGGCGAAACUAAGUAUUGUCCUCCUCAAUGCGGUCAACCUGAAUUCAAGAAGAAUCACGACUGCUCCGCCUGCCCACCGUAGUCUCUACGAACGCUCUUGGUCUAUGGGGGAUGCGAUG